GUUGGGUUCUCCUUCAGCCUUGAUGAAGCUCCUCUUCUCAAUAAUCUUGACAAUCACCCUUUCACUAUACUUCACGCAACAAGACAGCAUCAAGGAAUACAUGCGCAGCGUUCUUCACUCGACCAGGGCAUUCCAUCAUCUCAGCAAGAACUUCCACAAUUUCUCCAAGCCUCUCUCCAACAUGGCCAAUACAACGAAAUGGGUAGGAUACCCAGUGAUUCCUCCAGAGGACCCGUCCUUGAAUGCAGCGAAUCCCAAAGCUCGUGGCAUUCUCAAGACAUUCGAAGCGAUCGAGCAAGCCGAGGGAGCAGGAGCCACAGUGCGACGCAGUAUUGGAACACCCCGACUCCGCAAUUUCACACCUUUCCUCAUGCUCGAUCAUUUCAGCGUGGCACCUCCCGCAGGCUUUCCCGACCAUCCUCAUCGCGGCCAAGAAACCAUCACCUAUCUUUUGAGCGGUGGUGUGGAUCACGAAGAUUUCACGGGGGAAAAAGGUACACUCUUUGCGGGCGAUUUACAAUUCAUGACGGCUGGCAAAGGAACCGUCCACGCGGAAAUGCCCCACGAUAAUGGUGAUGGUUCUGCCAAUGUCGGUCUGCAAUUGUGGGUCGAUCUCCCCAAGGAAUUGAAAUUCUGUGAGCCUCGAUAUCGCGAUUUGCGAGGUUCGGAAAUUCCAAUCGCCAAGUCGGAUGAUGGGAAAGUGACGGUCAAAGUCAUCUCGGGGCGCUCGUACGGUGUCGAUUCACUGCAGGAACUGGCUUACACGCCCGUCUGGAUCCUGGAUGUAACCAUCAGUCCUGGCGGACGCAUCGCGCAGCCCAUUCCUGCGGGAUGGAAUUCUUUUGCGUACACUCUCGAGGGUACCACGAUUUGGGACACGGGCGCUACGACACAAGCAGUGGAGAAAUAUCAUAAUACGGUGUUCGAACAAAAGGGCGAUCAGGUCAUUGCGUCUGUACCAGAAAGUGCAAAGGAGAAUGCCAGAUUCAUUUUGGUAGCAGGCAUGCCUUUGUCACAGCCCAUAGUUCAAUAUGGCCCGUUUGUGUUGACGGACCCGACGCAAGUAAGGCAAGCGGUGAUGGAUUACAGUACGUUUGUGAACGGAUUCGAGCGCGCGGAGGGCUGGCAAUCCGAAAUUGGUCAGAGAGCCAUGUGAUGGAAUCUCGACAAAGUUGUAACCGCAAGAAAUCGACCAAAGUAAUGACUCAAAAAAGGCGUGGUUCUCAUU